AUGUCGACCCCACCAGGAACAUUCUCUAAUCUCAAAGCUGGCGAGAUUAUCGUCAAGCUUCCUCACCCAUACCAAACCGAGUACACAAUCGAAGCAGCCUCAACACCAUUAGGUGUGAGCACGGCCGUCUACAACCUUGUUGAAAAAGCUUCUGUAUCGGCCAAGGCUUUGCCGUUCGACUCCCAGCACCCCAAUCUCGUUUUCUCGGACCCAAUCGAUCUCAAAUCGAGCCAGCUUCCAUCUCAAUCCAACAAUAGCCCUUGGGCUCGGGCUCGUCGCUCACCAUGCGUCACUGUUUAUUGGGAUGAAGCUGAGGCGCCAACUUUGGCACAAGUCUGGCUGUUGGCAUACGCACUCUUCACCGUAAGAACAAACGUAGAGUCAUAUCGGCUAGAGCUUCGUGGUGCCAAUGCCAGUGUUCUAGGUCAACAGCUCACAGCAGUUUUGCUUGCAAUUGACCACCCUCUCAAGGGCCGAGAGAAGCGCCAGACCUCGGAUAAGACUGACGAGAGUCUCGUUCUUCUACUGCGAAGCACUUUCUGGCAAGGUGCUGGUUCACCCUUUGGUCCUCGACCCGUUUGGUGUCCUGCCGAGUCACCUACAUCUCUGCCAGCAUCAAAUCCUCUUGGAUCAUACCCUCUGACACCUCUGCAUAACACAACAACUAUCACAGUUGCUGGCGACCCUGAUGAUCCUGAGCGGGUUCAACAGUCGUGGCAUCCAGUCAGGCCAGUUAAGCCUGCACCUGGCGCGACGGUUUACAGCCGAUGGAUACCCCAUCUCAACGAAACGUUUUCCAUGGUCUCUCUGGACUACGCUGAUGCCGAGCAUGUGCGCCUCUUUCACGAAUGGCAAAACGAUCCUCGUGUGUCCCAAGGCUGGAAUCUCACUGGUACUCUGGAGCAACACCAGGAAUAUCUGCACAAGGUGCAUGAUGACCCUCACGUAAUUGCUCUACUUGCAAAGUGGAACGACACCUCUUUUGCAUAUUUUGAGGUCUACUGGGCCAAGGAGGACCGCCUCGGUGGUUAUUUCAACGCUGGUGACUUUGACCGCGGCCGUCAUUCACUUGUGGGUGAUGUACGCUUCCGUGGACCCCAUCGUGUGUCUGCAUGGUGGAGCAGUCUGAUGCACUACCUGUACCUGGACGAUCCUCGCACCAUGUUUGUGGUGGGUGAGACUCAGGAAACAAACACGACCAUUGUCAUGUAUGACUUUGUUCAUGGCUCUGGGUUGGACAAGCUGGUUGACUUGCCGCACCAGCGAAGUGUUUUUGUCCGAUCUUCUCGUGAACGCUUCUUCCAGCUAUGUCCACUUGCAGACAACGAGAAGGUCGUCGCUGGUACGAAGUUGGGUCUUGUACCUAAGCUGUAG